AUGAAUUUCUGCAUUGCCGUUUCUCUGAUCGUCGUCGCCGUUUUCAGUUUCGGUGGCUGCGCAGCUGUCAAGUUCACAUGUACUCGCAUUCAACCGCUCAAUCCGUUCUCUAAGGUCAAGGGAGUACCAUUUAAUCGGUACUCCUGGCUUACAAUACGCAAUUCAAUUGUCAAAGUGAGUGUGAAAUCAGCAACCGGAGGCGUCCGAGGGACUACUAUUACCGAAACCCAGGAGGACUCUGUUAUUGGACAGCUCAGGAAUGGCGUUAGGGGUUUGAUGCUUGAUAUGUAUGACUUCAGCAAUGACAUUUGGCUAUGCCGUUCAUCUUGUGGAAAAUGCAUCAAACAUAUUCUACCUGUAAUAACAGUCCUGAGAGAGAUUAAAGUGUUUCUUGAAGCAAACCCUUCAGAAAUUGUCACUGUCAUGAUUGAAGACUACGUUACAAAGCCAAAUGGAAUAACGAAUGUUUUUAGGGCAGCUGGCCUAGGACCUUUCUGGUUUCCAGUAUCUCUGAUGCCUAAAAGUGGUGAGGAAUGGCUAACUGUUGAUGAAAUGAUUGAAAUAAAUGCACGGUUAGUGGUGUUUAGUUCCGAGUCUACUAAAGAAUCUUCAGAAGGCAUCGCAUACAAAUGGAGAUACUUCGUAGAAAACGAAUAUGGAGAUUAUGGGAUGAUAAGUGGAUCAUGUACCAAACGUGCAGAAUCAUCUCCCUUGAACACACGAACAAUGUCACUAGUUCUUAUGAACUAUUUUCCAAGUGCACCAAAUCCUGACCAAGCUUGCAAACAUAAUUCAAAACCAUUAAAGAGUAUGAUGUAUACAUGUUUUGAAGCUGCUGGCAAAAGAUGGCCCAAUUUUAUUGUGGUUGAUUUUUAUAAGAGAAGUUUUGGAAGGGGAGCGGCUGAAGCUGUUGAUGAGGCAAAUGGUCAAUUAUUGUGUGGUUGUGCAAACAUUACACAUUGCAAGGAUAAUAUGACUUUUGGAACCUGUGAGCUGCCCCAACCAGGCGUGCCGUCCCAACCAGGCGUGCCGUCCCAACCAGGCGUGCCGCCCCAACCAGGCGUGGCAGAUGUGUAUAUAGCUUUAGAGAUGCAUGAUCAUGAAGAAAGUGAUAUUUGGCUCAUGGAACUAUGGAAGGGUGGAAGUUGGCUACGUUUUAAUAUCUCACUGCUGUUUGACUGUUUGAGAAUGAAAAUUCAGAGUUGA